CUUGGCAGCCGAAGGGCAUUCCGCCACCAACACCACCCAGUGUCCCAAUUUGAAGUCCAACUCGCCAUCGGGCAAAACAUCGUGGUUGAAUGAAGUGAAGCUGCGGUUGAAGAACAGGCAAAGUGAUCCAGUGGGCUACAGAUCACACUCCUGGCAGCCAGCCAAGUUCCCGGAGACCCCAGCCGAUCUCAGUAUGAUGCAAAUAUCUCAGGGGACGAUAAGCAGUCCUUGGCAUCAAGCCUACCAUCCGAGUUCCUCCACCAACGACCUCUCCAACUUCGACCAUGGCUUUUUAAGAAGAAGUCCCGACCAGUACAGUUCCAGGGGGAGCAUGGAGAGUCUAGAUCACCUGCCGGCGGGAUACGCCCACCCUUCCUGCCAUCUUUCGCCAGCCAAGUCCACCAGUAGCAUCGACCAACUCGCUCACCUUCACAGCAAGAGGGAUUCUGCUUACAGCUCUUUCUCCACCAGUUCCAGCACCCCCGAGUAUCAGCUGCCUCCCUUCUGCAAGGAGAGAUCCUAUUCAAUGGAGAACGUGCAUUCCCGAGCCAGGCCGCAAGAAGGCGGCAUGCGUCAGGCGGACAUACGGUACAUUAAGACGGUCUACAAUGCCCAGAGAGGCAUUUCAGAGGAGUAUGAGGUGAAGUCCUCUGCUCUCGUAGCCAGCGGGGAGGCCCACCCUAAAGCUUACAGCGCCAGCAGGCCGCACGGCCAUCACAAAGUCCCGCAGGGGCGGAAUUCGUUGGACAACGAGAGCCAGUACGCGAAGGGGCCUCCCAUGCCGCCCACCCGAAGUGAUAGCUACGCAGCAACCAGGCAUCACGACAGGCCCACCUCUUGGUCUAGUCACGAACAAAGAAAGGCGUUGAGGACCCAUUCCAAAAACGCUUGGCUUCUCCUAGGCCAGGGCGCGCCGCCUCCGGGGCAGCUCUCGAAACCGGGAUUCCUAGAAGGACAGCUCCACACCGUGAUGGAGAGGAGUCCAGAGGGCAGCCCCACCAUGAAGCCCAAACAAGGAUACCCCCAAGCUACUCAACCAGGACAGCCCCUGCUGCCUACUGGGGUUUACCCCGUCCCUUCUCCCGAACCACAUUUUGCUCAGGUUCCUCACCCUUCUGCGAACAACAGCGGGCUGGUGUACCCAGCGCUUGCCAAAGAGAGCGGUCACGCUCCUCCUCCGGCUUCUUUUCCUGCUUCUUACGAAAAGGCCGUUUCCUGCAAGCCGCUUCCCGUCGUGGAUGAGAACGGCAACCAGAGCAUCCCGAGCAAGGCAACCGUCUUCUACCAUCCGGAAUGCGGACCCUCCGGAGCAGGGAAAAAAAAGAUGGACAAUGAGACUUCGAAAGUCGUCUUAUACAGGACCCAUCCUCAAGCCUACCCAACCUCUCCGAGACAGGAAGAGGAAGCAGAUCUCCCCUAUACCGCGCAACCCAACAUCCAAGAAAGUGCGAACGAUGCCCAAUAUUUGAACCAUGCUUUUCAGCCGUGGUCAUUUCACCUGCGAGAUGCGGUGGCUGAGAACAAAGCCUUCUGCCCAUCAAAGGCGUACACUUCAGAGGAACAGCCAGAGGACUGGAAUGCCAACCUGCCGAUAAAUGAGGGCGAUCCUGCUGCACAAAACCAGUGGAACCCCAACAAGGCGAAGCAGUUCCUAUUCUCUUCCUUGCAAAAUAUCCCAGAGAGCACUCAGCUUCAAAACCCCAUGGAUUUGAAGGAGGCGCAAUCGGGUAGGAAUUGUUCGGGUGCCAAGUGGCACUUGGUUAACUACGCCAACCAGGAAGAAAAGGAUAUUAAAGAGCAGACCCCAGAAUAUUGGCAGGAGAGAGAAUGGCGUGCCACAGAAGAUCACCGAGAUGCCACGAUGAGUGCCGAUUAUAGCCACAGCGCGGAACCAAAUUAUGAGGAACCUUCCUCUCCAUUGCUCCCAAAGACCUCCGAUUUCAGAGCUGACCAGUUCCGAUCUUGCAGCAACAACAGCUUUCAGCCCCCCUGGCCUGGGAAAAAGGAGUCUAGGAAGACCCGGUGUUCUGUGCUGGAGAAGGUCAGCAAGAUAGAGCGACGGGAACAAGGCCAUCCGCGCCCGCAGAGCGCAAAUAGCUUGAGCCAAAAUUCAAAGAAGUCCGGCGUUGAAGAUAGCCGACGUAGACAUAACUCUCAAGAAUACGGUCAAUUGCUGGAUGAACACGGCAGGCCGGCCAGCACAAAUAACUCAGACCUGUACCCAAAUGUGCUCUAUCUAAAUGAAAGAAGUACUGGCAAACCAGAAAAGGCCAACCGGUAUUCUGCCGAGCAGCAGAGGGCAAUUGCGGCGGCUUUGGUAGCACCGCCAGAUCAGCAGAGCACCUACCGCCACGGGGGCUCCAGCAAGGAGUCGCACAAAAAGUCUGGGCAGCUACAGAGGAGCCGUAGUACGUUCCAGUUGUUGGAUGAACCCGAGAGAGAAGUCUUACAGAAAGUCAGCGCCAAGGAACCGCACGGCUCGCAGCGGGAAAUUAACCCUGUUAACAGGACUUACAGGAACAGCAUUAAGGAUGCCCAGUCGAAAGUUUUGAGGGCCACCUCGUUCAGACGUAAGGACCUCAACAUUAGCCCUGCUUUUGGGAAGGAGGUUCAGAGAAGUACGCCAAGACCCGCUUCAGCCCUCACCGGGAUGAGGAGCACAACAGCAUCUCCACAUACCCCAAAGGAGAGGCACAGCAUCACACCGACGGAGAUCAAGAUGGAUCCUAUCAAUAAGGAUGGCCUCCCGGGACCUCUGCACGUGCACCGUAUCGGGGGACGGAAACGGCUAACUUCGGAGCAGAAAAAGAGGUCUUACUCCGAACCAGAGAAGAUGAAUGAAAUCGGCGUGUCGGAUAACGACCUCUCGCCAUCCUCGCUUCAGAAGAAGAUGCUCCAGUUUGUCUUCCAAGAGAGCACCGUGGCGGACCGACGCAAGAUCUUCGAGAAGGAGAACAAAGCUUCUUCCACCAUCAAUCUUUCAAGGCCAGAGCUGAAGCAGCUGCAGCAAAAUGCCCUGGCGGAUUAUAUUAAGCGCAAAAUUGGGAAGCGCCCUUCGUCGGCUUCUCAAGAAAGGGAAGGAUCGCAGACCCCAUGCCGGCAAACCAACGGCCAAGAGAGCCAAUCUUUGUCCCCGGCUUCCAGCAUGAAUUCUCUCCAAGACCAGAGUCUUUUUCACACCAGGGAGACUCUAGAAUGGGCCUCUAGAAUGGGGCACGUUUACUCUCCUCUGCCCGGGCUUCACGGCUGCUUUAAUCCCGUUGAAUUCGAGAGCAAGAUGGCGGGCCCUCCAAAUCACGGCGGUAACAGCAAAAGCUCCACACCCAGUUGGCUGAAAUCAGAUGGCCGCCCAGAUCACAGAGUGAAUCCGGAGCUGACAAAAAGCACACAGACCGAUCUUGACCUCUGCACCCCGCCGCAGCCCGUCAACCAGAUCCUGGAGAAAAAGACGCGGCUCACCAAGAAGCCUGGGAAAUCGGCUUCCGCAGAAGAUCUGCUGGAUCGGACAGAAAACCAGCCUAUGACCAUGCACGUACGAUCCAGGUCAUCUCCCUCAGCCGAUAAAAUGUGCCAGGAUUUCCAGGUGGAAGACAGUAACCAAAUCUCUCAUUUUAUGAAAGAUCCUUUCUAUGUACUGGGUGCUACAAGCAGGUCAUUCGGCAAUAGCAAACGAGGUCACCUCGAGAAAUCGGCAUUCACGCAAUACCGUCCUCAUCACAGCAGUGAGAAUGUGGGUAGCACGGCGCCCGCCGCAGAGAGACAGAAGGUCCCUGAUAUUCUCCGACAUCACAGCCGGACAUCGGCCUUCGUCUCCCCUUGCCCGGAUACGAAGGAGAAGCAUUCCGAUGCCAAGCAAGGCUUCAGGCGGGUGGCUCCUUCCAAAACCAGCUAUUCCUCCCGUAGUCCGGCAUUCUCCACCCCGACUCUUUCCGACUUUCCCGCUGCCGGGGACAACGCGGUGACGAGGUGGCCGCCCAGAGCUGACAAGGAAGAGCACAGCAAAGCUCAGAGCCAGAUCCUGGAAAGUGUCCAUCAGCCAAGCAAGGAGCCAGCAGAAGAAACAACAAUGUGGAGGUCCAAGUCUACUUCAUCUCAAAGGCAACAACACCCGGCUAAAAUGAAAUGGGCCAGAGAGAACCACCUUCCAAAGAGCUCCACUUCUGCUCAAACAACCGGCCAGAAGGUUUUCCAACAGUGGCACGGGAUCCCCUCGAAGAAUAGUUCCUUCUCGGAGCCAGAAUCCCUCUCUGGUCAAGGAAGGUUCUCACUGCGCAUCUCCGAAACCUACCCUCAGAUCUCCCCACCACCGUUCUGUCGAGAGGAGGACGACGAUGACGUCUUCCUCCAAGAAGCCCAGACUCAUCAUAUGGGUGCUCUAUCAGACUAUCCACCGCUUCCGGAGAGUCCCGUUGACAACCUAGAAGAAUUCCCGUCGCCGCCCCCAAGUGUGGCUUUUGAAGAGGACAAUCCAGCAUCGGACAGCUCUAUAAGUCUCGCAGACGAGAAGAUAACAAGGAACCUCAAAGCUUUCUCCGGGGACUUCACUGUGAGAGAGAAACCGGGACCAGAUUUCCUCAGGGCCAACAUUUCUUCAUCCGUUGGAUCUUCAGAACCCAAAGCCACCGGAGUCCCUCCAUCUCUGGAAGCGCAAGAGCGCCAUGCUGCCGCGGAAGGAACAGUGGAGAAGGAACCUUCUCAAGAAGCUGCGACGGCAAACGAGGAAUCCGAAAAGAAGGAGUUGCGUCUCAAGAAGAGUAAAAGGAAAGAGAAGACACGGGAGGAUUUGAAGGAAGAGUCCCUGGCUAAGGAAAUUGUGCACCAGGACCAGUCGCUUUCGAGCAUCCUGGAUCCCGAUUCGAAGAUGAAGACCACGAUGGAUCUCAUGGAGGGGAUUUUCCCCCAAGGCUUGAGGGGGCUUAAAGAAACUGCAAAGAAGAGAAUAAUGCAGAAAAGGAUAAAGGAUUCGGCCAGUAAUUUCUCUCCAGCCGGCAACAAGAACGGCGAGAAGGAAGCUGCUAUGAUGCCAGUCGCCUGCUCAACGUACUACAGCGUGUCUGUUCCCAAAGCUGAGCUUUUGAAUAAAAUCAAGGAUUUGCCUGAAGAAGCAGGUGGGGAUGACGAGCAGGUGGACGUCAAUGAGAAGAAGGCUGAGCUCAUUCAGAGCUUGACCCACAAACUGGAGAUUCUGAAGGAAGCCAAGGAGAGCCUCCUAGCGGACAUCAAGCUGAACAACACCUUGGGAGAGGAAGUGGAGGCCCUGAUCAGCGCCCUGUGCAAGCCCAAUGAGUUUGACAAGUACCGAAUGUUCAUUGGCGACCUGGAUAAGGUGGUCAGCCUCCUGCUUUCCCUCUCGGGGCGCCUGGCUCGAGUGGAGAACGUUCUCAGCAGCCUCGGCGAAGAUGUGGAUAAACAAGAAUGGGUGUCUCUGAACGAAAAGCGGAAGAUGUUAGCCAGCCAGCAUGAAGACGCCCGUGAGUUGAAGGAAAACCUGGACCGGCGAGAACGAGUGGUCUUGGACAUCCUGUGCAGCUACCUCUCGGAGGAUCAGCUCCAGGAUUACCAGCACUUUGUGAAGAUGAAAUCGGGGCUGCUCAUAGAACAGCGGGAGCUCGACGACAAGAUCAAACUCGGGCAGGAACAACUGAAGUGCCUCUUGGAGAGCCUCCCCACAGAAUUCUUCCUCGAGAGCAAAAUGGCCGCCGAGCCUCCCACCAUCCCGAGGACCAACUCCGAGAACAGAUCUACCCCGUCUUUCCUCUGACCUCCUCCCGAUGAAGCUCACCUUAAAACGAACAAACGCCUGGCAUUUAUUUAAUCAGAGACAAAAAAGGGUUUAACUUUCGAAAUCGGAGGCGGAUUUUUUUUUUUUUUCCCUCUUUCUAAUGAACGUGGGGAAUUCAUACCA